UUUUAAAGAUAGGUAUUUUCAGCAAUUUUUAUCUGCUACUUCUUUCUCGCAUCUCGCAUGUCUAUUCGGCUGUCACUAUCAUGUGUCAAGUGUCAACUUGUCAAGUCAAUGUUUGUUUUUCCAAGUGAUCGGCAAAGUUGUCAAAUAAGUAGUUUAUUUUGAAAAUAUCUAUAAUAAAAUUAACAAUAAUAAUGAGCAAAAGAAGUGGUGCUGCUAUGGCUGUAAAUCUUAAUUCAAAGAAACCAAAGCACUGGUCGCUGGGUUUACUAGAAAGUAUGAAAGAUCCCGAAUGUAUUGUGAUGAAGUCAAAACAAGUUGUCGUUAUCAAAGAUAAAUAUCCCAAAGCCAAAAUUCACUACUUGGUGCUGCCUGAAGCUGAUAUUAAUAGUAUUUAUGCGUUAGAAAAGAGUCAUAUAAAACUUUUGGAGGAAUUUGGAGAAAUAUUUGAAGAGAUUAAUAAAGAUGAAAAACUGCCAUUAAGAGCCGGUUUCCACGCGGUUCCCAGUAUGCAAAGGCUACAUAUGCACAUCAUAAGCACAGAUAUGGUAUCGCCUUGUUUAAAAACAAAACUGCAUUGGAAUAGCUUUACUACUAAGUUUUUUAGACCAUAUGCAGAUGUUUUAGAAGAAUUAAAAGAGAAAGGUUGUAUUACAAAAAUGGCACCAGAAUUAGUACAAAGUUUUAAAUCAAGUGAACUUCAAUGCAACCAAUGUUCAAACAAACCAAAAACAAUGCCACAACUUAAAGAACAUUUACUAACACAUAUAAAAAAGGAGAACAAUUAAUCAGAAUAUUAAACUAUGUC